AUGGAAAACGAUUUAUUCGAUUUAAAUAAGGUGAUUUAUGAGGACGCAUUAAAAGAAGUUUUAUCAAGCAUAGAAACAGAAGACAUUACCGAUGCCUUAUCUAUAAUCACUGAAGAAUUUUUCGAAAGAAUUGAAUCGCAAGUACCUGAAAUGGUUGAAUAUCUCCUCGAAAAUUACCCACCAACCAAAGUAUAUCAUGCAAUUGACUAUCAUACGAAUUCGCAGCACCAAUUAUUUCUUGGAAUAUUUUACUUAGCAAUAGAUCAACAAGAAAAUUCCUUCUUAGAAAUCAGCAAAGCCGCACGAUCCAUGAAUCCACAUGCGCAAUACCUUCUUGGAUGCUUUUACGGCAAAGAAAUCGGUUUAUAUAAAAACCUCAAACUUGGAUUUUUUUAUAUUCGAAGUGCGGCAGAGCAACGAAUUCCGGCUGCUUAUUUCGCUUUGGCACAGUAUUAUAAUGGCGACCAUGAACAUAAUCAUUUCGUUUGUCAUCAAAAGACCGUAAACAGUCGUUAUGCUGGCUCAAAACCUUUUCUAUCUAUUGCUAUUGCAUAUGAGGGUGGUAUCGGGACUUUGUGUGAUAUCCAUGAAGCUAUUUAUUGGGGUAGAAAGGGUGAUGAA